AUGGAUAAAGAGCUGUGUGAUUUCCUCUCUAGCAUGCAGAGUCGGCUAUUUGAGUUUUAUAAGGAGGGGAAGUUGACCAAUGUUACAUGGAUUGUUGGUGCAGAGGGCGGUGAAGAGGAAUACAUAGAUGCACAUUCCUCAAUUUGUGCUCUGUCUACCCGUCUCAAGGAGUUGAUGUUGGCUCAUUCAAAAGGCCAAAUGAGAGUUCGAAUUAGAAUCCCACCGUCCCUUACGUCAUCUCCCUCUGAUCUCCGAAGCCUGCUGCACCUGGCAUAUACAGGAAGCUUUGAAGAAGACCGUUCACUAGACGAAUAUUUCCGCCUAUGUGAUUUAUUUGAUAUGCCACUUGGAAUCGAUGCUUGCUUACGUGCAUUAAACAACCUCUUAACUGAGUUACUAUUUCGUUCGAAAGUUGAUAAUGAAACGCAAAAUAGCUUAAGAGAUUACUUUGCUCUUUCCAUUGAUAAUUCCAAUAUGAAAUCAGUUCGCCGAGCUAUGCUGGACUUCUUCAGAAUGUAUCCCCUCAUUUUUGAUACCGAGUUAUGUCUUUCAAAAGUGCCCUUUGAAUGGGUCAUGGAACUUCUUAAGAGAGGCCAGCUCUGGAUGCGACACCCUGACGGAUUCGUCUACUUUGGUGAAAAAUAUAUGAGUGAAGUGACCCAGUUCGUUGAGCGUCUAUGCGCGGCUCACACCGUAGACCUUAUCGAAGUCAAGGUCGCUACAACCGACUCAAUGUUUGCUCCUCUUCAUGUUUCAAACUCGAUAUCCCCCUCCUUUGGCUACCAUAGCAUGUAUGCCGCCAACUACAACUACUCCGAAUUUGAAGGGGAGUAUCAGACGCACGACAACUACCCACCAAAUGAAUGGAAGAUCGGGGCACUCACUGGCCACAUCACAAAAGACUGGGACGGGCGACGCGUACUAGCAGGGCUUGAUGUCACCUACCGGAAUUUACAGACAGGAGUAGAAGAGACCGUGGAAUGGGGACGCCACAACGAAGAGUACUACACAGUACAGAAGGUCUUCGUCCCCGAAGACGACGUUAUAACCGGUUUUGAGAUCAACCACGGGUGGCUCAUUGAUCACAUAACCUUCACGACACGUAGAGGUGUGCGCCUCGACCAAUUGGGCAGCUCCGACGGUGGAAAUAGAACAGUCUUCGACGUCAGCAGCUUUUCGAGCGGGGUUAUGCACGAAUGGACUGAUAGCCGUCGGACCGAGAACAAAUCCGACGAUGUGAUCGUGUCGUUGCACGGGAUUUCGUACAAGGAGAUUUCAUCACAUGGGCAAAUCUUGUGGAAUCAGGUUGUAUUUCACUUUGCCAGCGUCGACAGAUCACUCGUUGAAACCCUGAAUCCGGAAUGGGGGUCAGCCGUCCAUCAAAUGCUCCAGGGCAAACAAAUUCUGCUCUGA